CAUCAGCUGACAUCAUGGCUUACAGUAUUUAUUGUACCCCCUGAGAUGCUAAUCUUGCGCAGUUUCCACCAUCCAGCGACACUGACAUGGCUAUCCCUGACGAGAACCUUUAUCCUACCGCAACAGGAAACGCUGCUGAAACAGUAGCAGAACACCAAGCGAAGCAGGAUUUGGUGUUCUACUCUGGGUGGUUCUGUCCUUUCAACCAGCGGGUCUGGAUUUCCUUAGAGGAAAAGGGCAUUCCAUACCAAUACAAGGAAGUCAACCCUUACAGAAAGGAGAAGCAUUUCCUUGAUAUCAACCCCAAGGGCCUCGUCCCCGCAAUCGAGUACCAGGGCAAGGCUCUUUACGAGUCGCUCAUCCUGUGCGAGUUCCUUGAGGAGGCUUACCCUAAUCAUAAGCCUCACCUCCUCCCCGCCGAUCCAUUUGAGCGCGCGCACACACGCCUGUGGAUCGACCACACGUCGAAGACGAUCAUUCCAGCUUGGUAUCGUCUUCUUCAAGCACAAAGCAUAGAACAACAGGACGCUGCGCGCCAGGAACUCUAUGAUGCACAGAGAAAGCUCGCGCAGCAAGUCAAGGGCCCGUACUUCACUGGAAAAGAGUUCGGUUUGAUCGAUGUCGUUAUUGCGCCAUGGGUAGCCCGGGAGUAUAUUCUUGCUGAACACCGGGGGUAUGACAGAGCGCAAGUAGGUGAUGGUUGGAGUGAGUAUGCGGAACGCUUGGCUACGCGCGAGAGCGUCAGCAAAACCACGAGCGAUGAAGACAAGCUUCAGGUUAUCUAUGAUCGGUAUCUUCGCGACGAAGCUCAAAGCGAGGUUGCAAAGGCUCUCAGAGCUGGCAGAGCUUUACCUUAGUACGAAACAAGUUGACAUCGUGAAUAGCUAAUAUUUAUCUAGCAACUAAACAUACAACAAAUCUGUUAUGCGAGACUUCAUAUUG